ACACACUCCAGCUCAUCACAAUCACAAUCUUCUCUUACUCUUCUCCCUCAACCAACACUCAUGACACACCACUACUCUUUAUAACUCCUCUCUCCCAAUAUCUAUCUCUCACAUUCACCUCUCUUAUUCAAAGUUGUCUAUAUCUUUUCUUAGUUUACAACCAUCUUCAUCAUCUAACAUGGCUGAAGUAGAGGAGGCUGCAAAGCAAGUGGUGGUCAGUGAUGUUCCACCACAGCCUGAAAAACCUGCAGAGAAAGUUCCAAACCCUGAGCCUGAGGAGGAGGAAGAGAAGAAGGACAAUGUUGAGGAAACUGUUACUCUGGGGACCCAUCUCUCCAAACACACUGACAGCAGUGACAACAACAACAACAACGGUGAUGACAAGAACCCUGAAACAGUGGUGUCCAAGGAAGAAAGCACCAACCUGUCUUCUGACAAAACCCUUGAGAAUGAGAACAAAGCACUGCAUGAGCUUAAGAAUCUCAUUCAGGAGGCACUCAACAAGCACGAGUUCUCUACCCCUGCUAAACCACCACCCACCGUAGCUGCAGAAGAAAAGGAAAAACCCCUUGAGAAAGAAGGUUCUGAACCUGUUGCUGAGAAAACAGAAGAGCCAGUUGCAGAGAAAACAGAGGAGCAUGUUGCAGAGAAAACAGAGGAAACAGGGGAGAAGAAGGAAGAGGAAAAAGGAGAAGGAGAAGGAGAAGUAGAGAAGAAGGAAGAGGUGGAGGAAGCUGAGGUAGCUUCUGCUGCUGCUCCAUCUGUGGAUGAUGAUGGAGCAAAAACUGUGGAGGCCAUUGAAGAGACAGUUGUUGCUGUCUCUUCCUCCUCUGUUUCCUCUGUUUUGGCAGAGCAGCAGGGAGAAACAGAGAAGGUGGCAGAGGCUGAAGCCAAGGAUGAAGCUUCGCUAACAUUAUCUCCACCGGAAGAAGUAUCCAUCUGGGGGAUACCGCUCCUUGCUGACGAGAGGAGCGACCUGAUUCUCUUGAAAUUUCUGCGCGCCAGAGAUUUCAAGGUGAAGGAAGCAUUCACCAUGAUCCAGAACACAAUCCGCUGGAGAAAGGAAUUUAAAAUGGAUGAGUUGCUGGAGGAGAAGCUUGGUGAUGAGUUGGAGAAGGUGGUGUACAUGCAGGGGUUCGACAAGGAAGGUCACCCUGUGUGUUACAACAUAUAUGGAGAAUUCCAGGACAAGGAGCUGUACAAGAAGGCCUUUUCUGAUGAGGAGAAGAGGCAGAAUUUCCUCAGAUGGAGAAUUCAGUUUCUUGAGAAGAGUAUUAGGAAACUGGAUUUCAACCCUGGUGGCAUAUGCACCAUUGUUCAGGUCAAUGAUCUCAAGAAUUCACCUGGACCUGGAAAAUGGGAACUAAGACAAGCUACCAAUCAAGCCCUGCAGUUGUUUCAGGACAAUUACCCUGAAUUUGUAUUCAAACAGGUGUUCAUCAAUGUGCCAUGGUGGUACCUUGCAGUGAAUAGGAUGAUAAGCCCUUUUCUUACCCAGAGAACCAAAAGCAAGUUUGUCUUUGCAGGUCCUUCCAAAUCAGUGGAGACCCUUUUGAGAUACAUAGCUCCAGAGCAACUCCCUGUCAAGUAUGGUGGACUAAGCAAAGAUGGGGAAUUUGAAAAUUCUGAAGCUGUUACUGAGAUUACAAUAAGGCCAGCUGCAAAACAUACUGUGGAAUUUCCUGUAACUGAGAAAUGCUUACUCUCUUGGGAGCUGAGAGUAAUAGGAUGGGAUAUAAGCUAUGGUGCUGAAUUUGUGCCAAGCUCAGAAGGAAGCUACACUGUAAUUGUCCAGAAAGAUAGAAAGGUUGCAUCCUCGGAGGAACCAGUGCUUUUCAACAGUUUCAAAAUUGAGGAACCUGGGAAAGUUGUUCUCACCAUUAACAACACUAGCUCUAAGAAGAAGAAGCUCUUGUACCGCUUGAAGACUAAGCUUACCCCCUCUGACUGAGAAUAUCAUCAUGUAUAUGUGCGAGUGGGAAGAAGAAGAAGAAGACCAGUACCUGCAUUGUUUGCUUAAGUUCUUGCAUCCAUUUUCACCACCAAGAUACCAGACUUAAGUUCCCCUGCUGUUCAUAUAUGAAUAUAAAGUUUUUCUCUUUUUCUCUUUUGACCUUUUAAUUUUGAUGACUAUUUUGUUUUCAAUCAUUUAGUAUGUAUACUCUUUCUGUGUUCUUCAUGCUAUUAUUUAUUGUGGUUUGUUAUUAUUGAGGAUAAAUAUCAAGGCUUCCUUUUCCGUAUAGGAUGGUAUAUA